CACCAGCGACAGGUGCUUCUGUGCGACAUUUGUUUACAGUACACGAUGGCGUCGGUGGAUUUGAGAGACAACAACCUCCUGGGGAUAUCGUGGGUUGAUAGUGGCUGGGUGCCCAUCCUCAACCCUGGCAAUGUGCUGGACUAUUUCUCCGAGAGGAGUAAUCCGUUCUACGACCGCACCUGUAACAACGAGGUGGUGAAGAUGCAGCGGCUCACUCUGGAACAUCUCAAUCAGAUGGUUGGAGUGGAGUACAUUCUCCUUCAUGCCCAGGAGCCCAUCCUCUACAUCAUCAGGAAACAGCAGAGACAGUCUCCUACUCAGGUCAUCCCUUUGUCUGACUACUACAUCAUAGCUGGGGUGGUGUAUCAGGCUCCUGAUCUGGGAACAGUUAUUGGAUCCAGAGUGCUGUCUGCUGUCCAUGGUGUCCAGUCUGCCUUCGAUGAGGCCAUGUCGUACUGUCGCUAUCACCCAUCUAAAGGAUACUGGUGGCACUUCAAAGACCAGGAGGAGAGAGAUGCCAAAGCCAAGCCGAAGUCGAAGAAGAAAGAGGAGCCCAGUUCCCUGUUCCAGAGACAGCGUGUCGACACACUUCUACUCGAUUUGAGGUCCAAGUUUCCUCCAACGUUUUAUCAGCCUAAGCCUGGUGAGAAGCCCAUCCCAGUUGAGGUGAAGCAGGAACCACCAGUAGAGCUGGUGAAGCAGGAAGAAAGAGAGCCAGCCACCAAGACCUCUGCUCCAGCUCCCCCCAGCAGCAAACCACCUCCGGAGAAACGAGCCAGGCUACAGUGAUGACCGAUGGCCACUCCUGUAUAUAUUUCUGAUAAUGUUCAUUCUUCAAAGAAAAUAAUAAGAGGGGGGGGGGGGGGGGGGGAAACCCGCACAUUGCUCUUGCCAGUAUCACUUUUUGUUAAUUCUAGCUUAUAUGUGAGCCUCUUGGCCUUCGUCAUGAUGUCCAUACUCACAUUGGCAAGGCACACAGACAGGACAUACGGCACAGGUACAACCCUAUCUGACUGAACAAUGCGAAGGAAGUGGUUUGUGUCUGACGGAAGGUGUGUGGAAAUGGACCUACAUCCUAGUUUCCAGACCAUAACAACCCAUCAUCCUGUUUCUGAAGGGCUUGACAGUCAAUGACAGUCAAUUACAGUCAAUUACAGUCAAUUAUCAUGUCAAUUAAUCAUGCAUUAGGCAUUAGGAAAGGCAAAUGAAUAGUCACAAAUGGCACCCUAUUCCCUAUAUAGAGGCACUACU